AUGACCCUCGUUUCGCCUUACCGAUCAUCUUGUUUCUUUUAUUUCAAAAUUGUCUUUUUCAGAAAGUUUCGUCGUGGAGGAGAAAAGACGAUAGCAUGUCCUACCGGUAGACACAGAGAGUCACUAUCCAAGCGUAAGAAAGAAGCAGCCACGUCUUUCACGACUUUGAUAGUGACCUCUAUCACGAGGGUGAGGGGUGACUAUGUUGCAUUCCUUCAUUCUACGUGGGGUCAGUUUCUUUCGUUACGUGACGCGAGCAAAGAGGCCCCCCCCCUGCCAAUACACGUAUCCAGACAAACAAAAACCUUUUAA